CGAAGUUGUCUCUCCGAGUGUGCAGGGCGUAAAAUGUCUGGUGUGUGGAUAUUUGACAAGAAGGGUGUGGCUCGCUUGAUAUCCAAUCCAACCAGAGAAUCCUUCGAGCAAAAAGAUCCAACUUAUUAUCCUGGAACGUCCACCGCACCAGGGGCUCGACCCCGGGUCCUGGUCUACCUCCCAACCAACCAAGUGAUCCGCUCCUACUCCGAGCUCGAGCAGCGUCUGUCUGAGCUUGGUUGGACUCGCUACUACAACUUCAGCCAACCUGACCUUCUUCAAUUCCACAAAUCAGAAAACUCAACUCACCUCAUUUCCCUCCCAAGAAAUUUCGCCAACUUUAGGUCCUUACAUAUGUUCGACAUUGUCGUCAAGAACAGGUCUUUCUUUGAAGCACGUGAACCCUCGGUUAGAAGACAUUGUGCCUGAUGCAUGACAUCAAACACUAGUAUACAGAAACAUCCGAUGUUGGUUAAUUUUCAACCGACUCUAUAGCCAGGCAAAGUGGUUUCUCUGGCGAAAUACUGCAAGCAUGGCUGACUGGAAUCAAUCUGUACGAGAUUCCUAUUUACAUUUUAGGGAAAAGAAAAAAAGGAAGAGGAGAUAUUGAUUCUUUGUUAACUGUUUUAGUAUACAAAAUCUUGUGCCAUGUGCCUUCUCAAAUAUAUAUUCUCUAGCUAAUAUAUAGGUCCGAUUCCAAUGAAAUGAGAUACUUCUUUCUGUUUGGUUGCAACUUUGAACAAAAAGUUUUUCAUGUUAAGUGGUUAUCAUGACUGAUGCUUGGUUCUAGUUUUGCGUUAUUUUUGUUUGUUCAACCUUUCUUUGAUCUGAUUCGUUCUGCUUUCUCAUUUCCAAUAGGCUUCAGUAAUUCUAAUUUUUUUGUGGAACAAAAGCCAAAGCUCA